AAUAUACGAAAAAAACAUAAUAUCUUUCAAAAUUCAUUUCUACACAAUUAAACACAAAAUACAUUUUUACCGAACCCAUACAUUUUUAAUGCUAUCUUAUCAUCGUGUAGUCAGAGUGUAAAAACUCUAGAAAAAAAAAUCGAAAAACAACCCUCCUUUCCAUGGUUAAUUAUCUGGCUCGCCAUGAUUGGCCUCUCUUCAUUUUUUUAGUUAUGGUCAUUGACUCAUUGCUCUACAAUCUACUGCAACGUGUCAGACUGUAAGCGUGGGUGGGCCACUUGGCCGUUUAAUGAGCCCUAAUUUUCGGUCAAUUAUUAAUGUUGGUUGGUUUGUUCCCACUGUAAUGUUCAAGAAUUCUGAUGUCGACAUUGCUUUCACGUUGUACACACGGCUUUGCAAAACAUAAAAAAUCUGUAAGAAAAAAAAUGCAACUAGUAGUAGUUGUACUAGUGUUAAAUUGCAAGAAUCUAGAUGUCACAGAUUUUUUACAUUAAUUAUGGUGGGUGAUUACAAAUCUGAUUAUUAACUUUUAAUUAGUAAUUUCAUCGAGUUUUAGAGGUGAGCCAUUGUCACAGUCUUGUUCUUGGGCCUUUCAUGGUCUAGGCGAAAAUGCUAAGAACAAAUAAAAUUACAGCAACUGUCCAUAUUCUUGUAGCUGUAAAGUUGAUGAUGGUCAUAAUGUCAAGUAUCAAAUGCCAAAUGUAUAUGUGAGUACAGAAUUCAUUGUAGCAGCAAAAUCAGGACUUUGACUUUUUGACUUGGGAGAUGUAGACGGUGCCACAAAUUUCAACACCAAAAAUCGCUGUCGUUUCCAGUUCCAUCCUCUUGGCAGUUUCUGUUAAAAGAAAUGAUAAUUCUUGGAACCAGCUGAUUGUAUUUUAUUUUUCCUUUUUGGCAUUUCAAGCGGGACAAAAUGAUGGAAUUUGCAUAACCAAUUUCAUUUUCUUUUCAGGUUCAUUGAUAAAUUAGCUGUUGAUGACACUGGACUAAUCUCUUGAGCAUUGCAAUUGAACUUGAAGGUAAAUUGGCCACUCCAAAAUCAAAACUCGCCUCGACGAAAAUGGAUAAAACAGCUCAAUAUGUUUUCUUGGUUCUUAUCGGAUCUCUAGCAUUACUUAAAAGAGUAGCAGGAGAUCCGAGAGCCCAAAUAGUGAAUAUGACAUGUGCCAACCAACUGGAGCACAAUGCAAGUAUCUUUGUUCCAAAUUUUAUUGCUACAAUGGAGAAAAUCAGUGAUCAGAUGCGUGAUUCAGGUUUUGGAACAGCGGUUACGGGUUCAGGGCCUGAUAUUAACUAUGGCCUUGCUCAGUGUUACGGGGAUCUAUCUUUGCUCGACUGUGUAUUGUGCUAUGCUGAGGCACGUACGUUUCUUCCUCAAUGCUAUCCAUACAACGGGGGCCGUAUUUUCCUUGAUGGGUGCUUCAUGAGAUCUGAGAAUUAUAGCUUCUAUGAGGAGUACACGGGACCGAAUGACAGGGCAGUUUGUGGGAAUACAAGCCAGAAGGCAUCAAAUUUUCGAGAACCGGCAAGACAGGCUGUGUCUCAAGCAGUUGCUACUGCACUGCAAAAUGGAGGCUAUGCUAAGGCUCAGGUGGCAGUUUCAGGAACAAACGAGACGGCUUAUGUUCUGGCUAAUUGCUGGAGGACAGUGAACCAGAGUUCUUGUAAGGCAUGUUUGGACAAUGCAUCUGCAUCAGUAUUAGGGUGUUUGCCUUGGUCAGAGGGACGGGCACUCUACACUGGCUGCUUCAUGAGGUACUCUGACAAGGAUUUUCUCAAUCAAGAACCACGAAAUGGAAUUUCAAGAGGAACCAUUAUAAUUAUAGUAGUUUCUAUUGUCAGUUCCCUGGUUGUCAUAGCGGUUGGAGUGGCUAUUGGAGUUUAUAUCUGGAAGCGCAGAUACAUUCAAAACAAAAGACGAGGUUCUAAUGAUGCACGAAAGUUGGUGAAACUCCUUCAUGAUAGUAACUUAAAUUUCAAGUACUCUACACUUGAGAGGGCUACAGGAUCUUUCAACGAUGAGAACAAGCUCGGGCAAGGAGGAUUUGGGACAGUUUAUAAGGGAGUUCUACCAGAUGGAAGAGAGAUUGCUGUCAAGAGGCUUUUCUUCAACAAUCGACACAGAGCAGCAGAUUUCUACAAUGAAGUCAACAUAAUAAGCAGCGUGGAGCAUAGAAACCUGGUCAGGUUGUUGGGAUGUAGUUGUUCUGAACCUGAAAGUCUUCUCGUCUAUGAGUUCCUCCCUAACAAAAGCCUUGAUCGUUUCAUCUUCGAUCCCAGCAGAGGUCAAGUACUUAACUGGGAAAAGAGGUUUCAAAUUAUUAUUGGGACAGUAGAAGGUUUAGCCUAUCUUCACGAGAACUCCAAGACCAAAAUCAUUCAUAGAGAUAUAAAAGCUAGCAAUAUCUUGUUGGAUUCAAGGCUCCGUGCCAAAAUCGCUGAUUUUGGGUUGGCAAGGUCUUUCCAGGAAGAUCAAAGUCACAUCAGCACUGCCAUUGCUGGAACACUAGGAUAUAUGGCUCCAGAAUACCUAGCCCAUGGCCAGUUAACAGAGAAGGCGGAUGUCUAUAGUUUUGGAGUGCUUUUACUGGAGAUUGUUACUGGGAAGCAAAACAACAGGAGCAAAGCCACAGAAUAUUCUGACAGCCUAACUACAGUUGCUUGGAAACACUUUCAAUUAGGAACCGUGGAGGAGAUUUUUGACCCAAAUCUAAUGUUAAAUAAUAACAACCAUAGCAGCAAUCUCAAGAAUGAGGUUUCCAGAGUAGUGCAUAUUGGACUUCUUUGCGCCCAAGGGAUUCCAUCACUAAGACCAUCAAUGUCUAAGGUACUACAGAUGCUAAAAAAGAAAGAUGAAGACCUCCCUGCACCAUCUAAUCCUCCUUUUAUGGAUGAAAAGACUAUGGAAUUCAAUGACACAAGUGAGAACAAAGGCUAUCCCUUCAAUUCAGCUGAUACUGAUUCAAUUGCCACUGUCACCCACAGUUCCUUCUACCCAAGAUGAUGUUUAAAGUCAGAUGGGGGUGAAAGAGUAUAUCUGACAUUGGAUGGGACUUGCGCUUUUGAUAAGGGGAAAGCUCCACAAGAAUUUCACAUUAGAAUUUCGUAUGGGGUCAAGCAUCUUGUUGCAGGCACUUUGUGGGCAAACAAUUGCAAGCACCUAGCAGAAUCUAUAGUUAUCUUCAAAAUGCAGAAUGAUAUCAGAAUACGUAAGCAAGCUAUUCCACAUCAGAUGAUUAUAGCUAAGUGACAUAACAUUGUAUAAUGUACAAAAACUAUUGAAUAUGAAAUUUUUGUUGAUCUAUAACCCUCAGAUCAUUUUAAUAUUCACAGAGGCAGAUUAAUUUCUCAGGCUUCGGAGUAAGCUUCAGAAAAACACAAAAAGUAAGAUAUGGCAACUUUGAAGCAAAACUAAAGCAUUAUUAUUUAUUAUUGAUUUGUCAAUCAUACAGACAGAUAAUAAUAAGGAUUCAGUUUAACAACCUUAAUG